AUGUUUGACGAUCUUGUUUCAAAUUAUUUUUCAAAAUUAUUAAAUUUAAUCAAUUACACCGACGACGAAUACUCCAUAAACUUUGCACGACACAUUACACAAGUUACUGAUCUCUGGUUCCCUCAAUUAAGCGAAGAACAAGUAACAACUCGAAUUUCAACUUUAAUCUCUUCUUCUCCCGGAAACAAAUCAUCACACGAAUACAUCAUAAGGUAUUCUAUGAGUAAAUGUGGCAAACUGAUACCACAUCACAAGAUUGCUUCGAUUUUGACUAAACAAUGUUUUGUAAACACGAAAUAUUUAGAAAAUAUGAGAGAAUUGGCGCUGGCCGAAGGAAGUAAGGCAACAGCGUUUGUUGUUCACGUUCUAGCACGUUCAAUGACAUCUUAUUACGCUUUUUCGAGGAUUUCUGCAAAAUUAUUGGUUGAUAUCUUGAAAGUCGUUGGGGAAAACAAGGAAAUAGUGGAUUGGAUGAAGAGAUUCGUAACGAUGCUUGUUAUAUUCAUGAAAAUAGCUUCGGAACAGGAUUCUUUCAAAAAAAGAGUAAAUUUGCUUUGCGAAGUCUUAACUUCGGAAGUAUUUAAGCCAUUGCCAUGGUUUAGGAAUAUUCUACAGUCUACAGCAAAUGCAGUUUAUUUAAUUGAUCAAAAACCGGAAUUUUUCAAAUUAUUUUUUAAAAUUGGAGAAAAAUAUCCUUCUGCUUCUUUCUUUAAGAGGGAAUAUGACAGAUAUAAGCCAUUGAUCAGAACUCGAAUGAUUUUGAAGUAUUUUCCAUUCAAAAUUAACAAUUUACAGUUAAUUAGUCCAAAAGACGUAGACAAUGAUGAUGAAGAAGAGGGUUCGAAGCAACCAAUUGAUGAUUCUUUGAAAGAACUCGGAAUUGGAGCUCGUUCUCUUAAAUAUAUUUUUCAUGAUUUCGAUGCAGGAGUUAUUGACCAACAACAGAACAUUUUCUUGCUUGAAGACUUCACGGAACAAGAAACAAACAGGUUUAAAAAGACAGAACUCUAUCAUGAAAACUUUAUUAAAAUUAAUUUGAACAAUUAUACAUCAGAAGGAAAAUUUGUUCUUUGUGGCCUCAAAUGUGCCAUGCAAGAUAUAGAAAACUCCAUUUGGGAGUAUCAAAUUCGGUCAUUAAAAGAUUUUAUUGGGAUUGCAAACGAAAUCAUCAGUGUUUUGAAGCAGCAUCCUCAUCUAAUGGCUAGAAUUAAAGCAUUGGGCAGGGAUUUGAACGUUGGUUGCUCAGAUGAUCAAAAUUAUAAAUUAUUAAAAGAGCAAAGAUCAAUUUUGAAGAAAAGAAUCGAAGCAAAGUUCAGAUUCGAAAAAGAGCUUAAUUCAAACUUAUUAAACGUAUUUUACAAGUUUGACAGCUUCUUACAGUAUGUUCCUCCAUCGGAUUAUGACUAUUGUGUUGAUAACUUCAUCACAUUCUCUGAAGAACUCAAUCCAAUGAUUGAAUCUUUAAUUGCGAUUGUUUCGAGUGAAGCUGUUGACAGUACAAUACAAACUGUAUGGGAAUUUGCAUCAGUAUUAUACGAAAAAACCAAAUUUGUCCAUGAAACAACAUAUGUUUUAUGUUAUAUCAUAUUAAUGAGGUUGAUUUUUGACAAAUCUUAUGAAGUUUAUCAUCCAUUGACAUAUCAUAAUUCUGCAAACAUGGAUUUCCUUAUGAGAUGCAAAGUUUUCUCAGAAAAAAGUGUUUCAGAAUUGAAUUUGCCAGAAAAAAUCAUUUCGAGAAGAGUUGUCCGAGGAACAAUCGGUGCAUUCUUCAAAACUAAGAGUCAUUCAUUGUAUUCACUCGAAUUCUUAGUGAAUCCGAUCGAUAUACUGUUCAAUAUCCAUCAGACAGUCGUUCAAUUGAAUUCAAUUGCACCAGGAGAAAAUUUGUCAAAUGAUGAAAAAGUGACACUCAUGAAAGGACUCAUUUCUACUUUUCCUCCUUCGAAUACUAUUUCUAUUGUCCUGUUUCUUGAUAAGUGGGGAAACACUGUUCCAUCUGCGAAUAUGCUUUUAUCAUAUUCGAUCUUUAGAAAGGCAGUGAAUUCGCUGUAA